AUGGCCAGCUCCUCCUCCACUCAGCCUCCCCUCGCCUACCCCUACUUGUCGCCCGAACUGAACGCCGCGGCAUCGUUGCACGCCGACUACUCAGCCAAGCUCAGCAAACACCUUACAAGGCAGCUCGACGACCUGAUGCAGGAAGUGCCCGACAUCCAGCCACCGGCGGGCAUGGGUUCCUUCACCGGAGGCGACUACGUCAUUUCCGCAGCGUACGAACUGGCGAACGAGACGAGUGGCCACAUCCCGACAGCGACUCGGGAGCUCCGCGCCUUCUUCCAGGAGUUCCGGGAGCAGCUGGACGCGUUUGACCGCACUCCGCCGCCAGCCGGUGCGGGCAAGUUGUCCGAGAAGGAGGCUGCGCUGGCCAUCCUCACCAAUGUCGAGAACGGACUGGCGUUCAUGGAGGCGCAGGCGGAACAGUUGGAGACGCUCAAGGGCUUCUUCAAGGACAUCAUUUAUUGUUGA